CAUAUUCCCGGGAAGCACGUGGGCACAAAUUCACUUUUCGCUCAUCGGCGAACGGAGCACCGUUGCGAAUAGUAACCGCAGAGAGAGGGAGAGAGCACAAAAUAUUUUAGUUCACGGGAGUGCGACCCAGGCCACAAGACUUUGUUCAUCUGCCUAAUCACAAACUUUGUUGGGCUUCCUCUCUCUCUCCGUCUCUGUCCGAACGCCCGUCUCAAAAUCUACAAUUUAAUCACGACGGAGUGUGCGACUCACUUGACUCGGAGACCCACUGACUCACUUCCUACGCAUUUCCGAGAACCUUCGUCUUCUUCUUCUUUUGCUUCUUCUUCCUCUCUUUCUCUCUCUCUCUCUCUCUCUCUCUGUCACUGAUUGAAUAUUGAGCAUUAAAGCUAUCUGGGUCUUGGGAGAUAAUCACAAGGAGAAGCUUCUGUGUGGGUUCUUCCGCCAUGGACAAUCUGUUCUCUUAGUCGCUCUCAGACUUUAUUGUUUGGGACUGCUUUUGGGAACUUGGUGGUGCACGAGGAAGCUCUUCGGGUUAUUCAAAUGUUCGGAGGUUAACUUUCCGUUUGGAGAUUCUAUCAAAAACAAGUUGUAGUCAUGAAUUUUCAGCAAGAGAAGUUCGUCAGGUUUCAGGAUUGGACUGCAGAGAAGAAUGUUGAGCCACUAUAUUCUCCAGAUGAUGACCUGCCACCAGGGAAGUUCAGAAGAACGAUUAACUCGGUGUCAGUCAAAUUCCAAAGAAGCUUGGAAUCUGGUUCUGAGCGGAUCAAGACGUCAUGGAAAUCUUAUUUAAUUGACAGUGUUGUCGGCAACAGCUUUGGUAGUGGAAUUCUUAAUCCUCAAGGGCCAUUCCUUCAGAAGUGGAAUAAGAUAUUUGUAUUGGCAUGUAUUAUUGCCGUCUCCCUUGAUCCCUUGUUCUCGUUUGGUAUGCAGAAAUGACGGGAUGGGACGGGACAGAAUGGAGAAGGAGACUGAGAGGUUAUAAUUCUGUGUUCCACGGAUGUGGAACGAGUCGUUCCAGGGGGGUGAGGCAGAAUGAAAAUUCCCCCAAACCUCGUCCCGUGGAACAGCGUGUUCCACCCGUUUUAGGCGCACCAAACGUGGGACGGAACGCCUCGUCCUACUCCGUUCCGUUUCGUCCCACGUACCAAAGGGCCUUGGUUUGGACAGGAAGAUGGAGAUAACAUCUAGUGUUUUGCGUUCAUUCACAGAUAUAUUUUAUAUUGUUCACAUAACUUUCCAGUUUCGUACUGGAUUUAUUGCUCCUUCUUCUCGAGUGUUUGGAAGGGAUGGAUUGAGAUUUAACUUAUUAAGAUUUAGUUAAAUCUUAACCGUUUC